AUGCCUGGCCUGGCGAGAAAGCUGCUCAUCAUCGCGGCCGUGGAUGGCUUGAUCCUCCAACCGUACCAUAACAACACUCGUUCGUCUGCCAAUCUAGUGCAGGUCGACUACAAGACGCAUCAUAUACACUCGCCGGCGAGGGUCUCAAACUACCAAUACAAGAAUGAUGCUUGCUUGGAGUCGCAUGGCCUGAUCGGCCUGCUCUCCAUCGCAUCCUACUCGUUCCUAAUAUCAAUCACUCAGCGCCAGCAGGUUGCGCAUAUCCUGGGGAAACCAGUCUUUGUGAUCACUGGGGUAUCUAUCAUCCCACUCUCGGGCCAGGCUGAGGCUUCCAAGGCGAUAAACCAGGCACAGCGAGCGCUGGAGAAUAGUCCGGACACCUACGAUCUGUCAGACAGCGAAUCAGAUAACUCUGAAGACUUUUUGGCUGGCGAUCAUAAUAAUUUCGAUGCUAUAUCUCCAGAGGGUGACAUAUAUCCUCCAGUUGACGAGCCUAGCAACGAAACCAGCAUUGCAGAAGACGUUAUCAAGAAACGAGGCCGGUAUGGCAGAUUCGCAGCAGAGUGGUUUGCAAGAAAGGGAUGGGGCAGCAUCGGGCUGCCUGACUCCAGGAGACACUCGCUCAUCUCGUUGAAUGACGGGUCCGCUCACGUAGAGUCUAUGGAACUGAAGAAUCUCGGGACUGAUGUGCUUGAUGGUCAAGAAUCCAAGGAUACCAGUGAGGAAUCCGCCAUGACAGAUAAUAGGACCCAUGACUUGAUGCCGAAACUGCUGAAGUACACCAAGAUGAUGUUUGGAUCACGAAGCUUCUACUUUUCAUACGAUUAUGAUAUUACUAGACGGUUUGAUAAUGGGCGGCACACCUUCACGCUCCCGAUAAUGCAGGGUUUUAUUGGACAGCAAGAAUUCACUGCCGAGAGUAUUGCUCCUCCGGAGCCCCAAGGUGAGGGUGAAGAUAAACCUACAGAGGUAACCAAAGAGACAGGUAAAGGUGGUUCGACCAACGGCAGUCGAACAUUUCUUCUCACCUUGGUAUCCCGCCGCUCUGUUUUACGUUCAGGAGUUCGUUAUCUUCGCCGUGGAGUUGACGAUGACGGUAACACUGCGAACUCAGUGGAGACAGAACAAAUACUGUCAAGCCCUUCCUGGAGUUCGACAGAGAAGGUAUAUUCUCUCGUCCAACUGCGAGGGUCUAUCCCUCUUUACUUCUCUCAGUCUCCCUAUUACUUCAAACCAAUUCCGGUUAUGCAUCACUCCGCGCAAACUAACCUAGCCUCGUUUACAAAACAUUUUCAUGAUAUCCAGAGGAGGUACGGCAAGGUUCAUGCCGUCUGCCUGGUUGAUAAGCAUGGCGUGGAAGUAAACAUCGCAGAAACGUAUGGACGUUAUCUAGAAAAUUUUAACAAGGCAGAAACAUGCGAGGACAAGAAAGUGCCAUACCAGUGGUUUGACUUCCAUGCAGAAUGCCGUGGCAUGAAGUUUGAGAAUGUCAGUCGUCUGGUAGACAGGAUGGCAGAUACACUUGAUGAUUUCGGUGACACAGUCAUCCAGGACAACACUAUUCUUCGCAGCCAGUCGGGGGUCGUGAGAACGAACUGUAUGGACUGCUUGGACCGCACUGGUGUCUCACAGUGUGCAUUCGGUCAGCGAGCCUUGGAGAAACAGCUCAAAGAGGAGGGGCAGUAUAUUGAUCUUCAGGCGAGUGCUGCCACCCAAUGGUUCAACAUCCUCUGGGCAGAUAACGGGGACGCCAUCUCAAAACAGUACUCGUCCACUGCUGCACUCAAGGGAGACUAUACCAGGACCCGUAAGCGUGAUUACCGUGGCGCUCUCAACGACCUUGGCCUGACGCUGACGAGAUAUUACACCAACAUUUUCACCGAUUACUUCUCCCAAGCCUGCAUCGAUUAUCUCCUUGGAAACGUAACUACCCGCGUCUUCGAUGAGUUUGAGUCAAACCUGCAGAGCGCAGACCCUGGUAUAUCCAUGGAGAAAGCUCGCCAGAGCGCAAUCGAGACCAGUUGUCAGAUCGUGAUCAGCGACGAGAAUGAAGAGUUUAUCGGUGGCUGGACCAUGCUGAGCCCCCGUCAACCAAACACCCUGAGAACCCUGCCGUUUGAGCAAACCAUCCUCUUGCUCACAAAUGUAGCGGUGUAUUCAUGCCGAUUCGACUGCAACACGGAGAAGGUUACCUCCUUUGAACGCAUCGACCUGACGUCAAUCACAAAUAUCAAAUACGGAACAUACAUCAGCUCCACCCUUACUGAAGCCCAGAGGGACGAGAAGAGAAACAUGGGCCUAGCAAUUGCAUACCGUCCCAGCACCAGCAACACUCUGCGAGUCAACACAACCUCACUACAUAGUCUCUUUGCAGAGAAGCCAGACCCAGCGGCGGAGAACCAAGAUAUCAUCGAAUGGGACCUUUCCACUCUCUUCAAGGGAUCAGACCGGUCCUCGACUAGUUUCCUUGCCUUUAAACUACCAAACACGUCAUCAGCAGUAGUCAGGGCACCCAAAAGCGCCGAGGUCAGCGAGAUGGACGCUGUGCGUGCCAUUUGUGAGGAAAUCGAACGCAUGGUGAGCCGUGCUAGCCUGCCUGCGGCCAUCCAUUUGGAGAGGCCAUCGAUCGUCGAGCAGACUGAGAUAAUCUCGCUGGAGAGUGCUCGUAGGCAGACUGGAUAUUUUGAGCAUCUGUUUUUUGAUAUAAAGAAGCUUGUCUGGGCUUAA